AUGAAUUUGAUGCAUCAUACAAAAAAGUUGCCUGAGUUUAAGGAUAGUGCUAACCAAAAUUUUUUAACGACUUCAAAGAUGGCAGCACGGGCAGACGUGCGUUCGAUAAUGCUACUUGCUGUUUUGUUAAUGGUUUCUAAUUAUGGUAUUUCUUGUUAUGGUUGUGGUGAAAGUAUUAGAAGAAAUCAAACCUCUGAGAAAUGCUGCUCCUGUGGAAAUAUUUUCCAUCUUAAAUGCCUUACAGACAGAAUAGAUGAAAACAUAGAGAAAUUUUACUGCAGCGAAUGUAUCCCACCAGAUGAACCGAAAAUUCCGUAUACCUUUGAUCCUGUUAUGUCAGACUUCAUUGCAAAGAAAGGCAUGAAAUUUCUACAUCAAAACAUAAAUGGGAUCUGCGGAAAGUUGGAUAUUAUAAAAUCUUUCUUAUCCGACGCGAAAAACUGUUUUCAUAUUGUUAGUUUCUCUGAGACACACACAAACGACACUGUAUUGAAUUCGGAGCUAUUUGUCCCGGGGUAUAUACUUGAGAGAAAGGAUCGUGAUGGUGGUGUUUCUUUUUAUAUUCGGGAAGAUUUACAAUAUCGCAGAAGGUGUGAUUUAGAGAUCGAUGGAAUUGAGUUUUUGUGGAUAGAAUUAUUUAUUCCGAAAUCAAAAUCUUUGUUACUCUGCUCAGCUUAUCGACCCCCGGAUUCCUCAAAGUUUCUUGAUAAAAACUUUAUCUCAAAGUUUGAUAAUAUGUUGGAUACAAUAUCAGUCGAAAAUAAAGAAACAAUUAUAUGUGGUGAUUUCAAUUGUGAUUACAAUCUCCCAAGAGUACACUCUAACAUGAAAGAUCUGGUUAAACUGUAUAACUACAGUCAGGUCAUUAAAUCGUCUACACGCAUUUCAAAAGAAAGUAGAACACUAAUUGAUUUAAUUUUUACAACCGAUAAAUCAAAAAUAAACGACUCUUUAGUGUACACUAACUCUCUCAGCGGUCACUGCCUAAUCGGAAUCAGCCGAAAAGCAAACUGUAAACGAUAUCCUCAAAAGAACAUCAAAGCACGUGAUUACUCAAAAUACAACAAAGAAGAUCUAAAGAAUGAAAUUCGCAACGUGCCAUGGGAGAAUUGUUUAACUGUCACCGACUUAAACCAAGCAUGGAACUUAUUCAAAUACUACUUAUCAACCGCAAUCAAUAAACAUGCGCCACUUAAAGAAAAAACUGUACGUGGAAAAUCCAACCCCUGGAUAACCAGAGAAAUCAGAAACUUAAUGAAUACGCGAGAUUAUCAUCAUCGCCGUUUUAAACGAUCAAAUUCUACCGGAGAUUGGGAAAGUUAUAAAUCUUACCGAAACUCUGUAACCAAUCGCAUUCGUGUUGCAAAGGCAAACCACGUUCGUGCUGUUCUGAAAGAAUCUUCAGCAAAUCCAAGAGAUUUUUGGAAACAAAUUAAGUCGUGCUACCCUACUAAAGAUUCGUCAAGUCCGAGCAAAAUAUUCGUAAUCAAUGGAACAGUAACAUCCAAUGUUCGAUCAAUUGCGAACAAUUUUUGCUCUUUUUUCACCAAAGUUGGUUCAAGUCUCAUGAAAUCAUCAAUAACCAACUUUACUUGGAAAAUGUUCAACAUACGUAAUUAA